CCGCAGCAAACGAAAAAAUACACAACAGCUGAGCUGGCUGCUGUUGUUGUUGCCCACAACAAACAAACACACCAACCAACCAACCAAGAAGCCAGCCCAGCGAGCAACAGCGCGCUUGCCUUGCCUUGCCUCCCUGGCUGACGGAACGGGCGGGUGUGCGCGUGCGCAUGUGCGUGUGAGAGAGGGAGUGGAUCAGUACACUGGGGUGGUUGUGGACAUUGCCGUAGCACCUACAGCAAAAAACCUGCCACUGCCUGCUGACGUUGAGUGACGGACCAAACGGCACAACACAGAUGAGUGAAUCCGAGGGUGAGGAGCACCCUGGCUUGGCAGAGUCGCCGCGCACGACCACGCCAGCACAGGAACAUGUUCACCUCUACGCCGUCGAAAAGCGCCGCGGAACACACGCCGCCGGUCAUGUCAUGGGCCCCGAGGAAAGGGCGGAUGUGGCGUUCCGCACGACACCCACGGCCGCCAUCGCCAUGUCAUAUUGGGACCCGGACGCGCAGGCCUCGCAGACGUCCAGCGACUAUGGCGGCGAUGACGACUACCACAUGCACGAUGUCCUACUCUCCGUCUCCGACAUCUUGCACGACAACCAGAAAAUCAUCAUGGGUGUUGCUCUUGAACAUGACCUGUACUUCACGCUCGUCUGCAACGAGGACACCGGACAGACGGCAAUCCUUGGUCUCCAGCGCAAGCGGCACGGCACCGACCCGUUUGAAGUGCACGUUGUUGUUCCCGUCCUGGCGAAAUCGAGCGUCAAGCUGGACGGUGAUGGAGGCCUGCAGUUUGCGCCGGCCAUUGCGCCGGGCAGCAAGCGGCGCACGUAUGUGUUCAAGCCGGCAUCUGUUCGGAGUCUGUGGUCGGCGUUCCACACGCUGCUGAAGACGCUGGAGAGUAACGACAGUCUGCGGCCUGUCGAGUCGUGGCCCUGGCUGCAGCAGUUUACAGACCUCAUCGAUGAUGUGGAGGAGAAGCUGAGUCGGUGGAGUUUCAUCUCGGAACGGCCGCUGUCGGAAUUGGAACAAAUUCGUCUCGAGCAGCGCGAACGCCAGGAGCUCAUCACCAUCAAUGGAGGGUCGCAGCUUGAGGAAGAGUUUGAGAAGCAGUUAAUACAGAAGCUAAAGGAGAUGAUGUUUGCAAGCGACCUGGACACGGUGACGAGCAAGCAGCUGCUGCUGGGCCUCGAAGACCACUUUGGCAAGUCCCUCAAGCACUACAAGCACACCAUCAACCAGCAGAUGAUCACCAUCAUGGGGCAGAUGGAAGCUGCGUCCAAGAUCUUCGACUACCUCUACCUCGGCACGGAGUGGAACGCCAGCAACAAGGAGGAGCUUGAGAGCAACAACUGCCGUUUUGUCCUCAAUGUCACACACGAGAUUCCAAACUUCUUCCCAGACUCGGUCGAGUACUACAACGUCAGAAUCUGGGAUGUUCCGACGGAGGACAUCUGGCCGCACUGGGAGAACACGUUCCGCUUCAUCCGGCGCGCGCGCAUGUCUGGGUCGUGUGUGCUCGUGCACUGCAAGAUGGGCGUGAGCCGGUCCGCGUCCACCGUCAUUGCAUACGCCAUGAAGCAGCACAACUGGAGCCUUGAGGAAGCACACGCCUUUGUCAAGAAACGUCGCCGGAUCAUCAAACCGAAUGAGGGAUUCAAGCAGCAGCUCGUGCUGUAUGAGGGCAUUCUCCGCGCAAAGCGGGAGUCUGGCUCGUGGGGCGCAAAAGUCGGGCGGCGGCAGCACCAGCUGCUGUUUGGAAGCCACCAGGAAGAGAGCUGCACCGAAGACGAUGACACGUCGCUGUGGCGGACGACGACGAUUCGCCGGGUGACGCCGCCGGAAUCGCCAAUCUCAACACCGCCAUCAUCCCCGCCGCCAUCCGUCAAGAACUUGGACAUUGACCCGACGGCUUCGUUACAGGAGACCAUGCGACAAGCAGCUGUUGCGCGCGAUGAAGCGCAACAAGAGCAGGAGAGCAGCACCACACAGACAGCACAGCAGAGGGGCGCUGACACGAGCACUGCUACUGAUGCCACGCCAACGCCUGGCGGUGGCCGGUGUGACGACGCAUCGACGGUGAUUGAGGACAUAUCACCUUCACCGUCGCCAGAGAAGCGCCGAGACAGCGCACGGGCGAGCACAGACACAGUCACAGCCGCGAGUACGACAACAACCACGGCAGUGAUGACAGCGUCAGCGACGACAACUGUCACCACGGCAGCGACACCGUCGCUCAUCAUCAGCAGCAGCAGUACGAGCAGCGUGAGCAGGGUGAGCAAGGGCGUGACGCGCCACCAGUCGCCGCGAACGAGCCAGCGCGGGACACGUGUUGAGCAGGCCCUUGAGGAGUUUGAACGCAAGCGGUUCAGUUCGUGCUCUGAUUCCGGCAGCCGCAGCCCACCGUCCCUGGCACAGCGGCGACGCAGCCUCUCCAGCUCCAAGUCGACACGCGAACGCCUGUACCAGUACCUGCAGAACGCACAGCUGCCCGGGGAGCAGGCGAGUGGUGGUGUUGGUGGUGAUAAAGCGGGUGGUGGUAAGGCUGGUGGUGUGAGCAAGUUGGCGUUGCACGACGUUGCAGUUGAGAGCGGAUCGUCAACGCCGACACCUGAGACCGCCAGCAGCAGGCAACAACAACAACAACAACAACAACAACAACAACAACAGCUGCAGGAACAACAACAACAGCCGCAGGAACAACAGCAGCAGCAGCAGACACAACAGCAGCAGCAGCAGACACAGAAGAGUGAAGAAAAGGAAGGGCAAGACCGAGGGCGGGACGAUACUGAGAGCGGCAACGUCCGGUUACCGAACAGCCACCUUGCAUCGACACACGGCAAUGGGCGACAAAGAAGAGGAAGCAGCAGUGAUCGUCAUGACAGUGGCGAGCGCGGCGACAACACUGGUGCGCAUGCGUGCGAACAGCUGCGAUCAAGCGAUGGUGAAGACGCGAGGGGCCGAAGGCGAACAAACUCAAGCACUGGUUUGGUGGCGCGCAGAGACAGCGACUACAAUGCCAGCGACGCCAAUAUCGAUGGCAGUACCAAUGAGGAAGGUGAUGAUGAUGGUGCUGCUGAUGAUGAUGAUGAUGAUGAUGAUGAUAAGGAUGAUGAUGAUGAGGAGGAGGAGGAGGAGGACCGGCUAUCGGAUGUGUUGUCGAGCGUGGCGGUGUCGCUGACGGGGAUGACAGCACAGUCGCGCCGUCGCCUCGGCAGUGCGGUGCUGUCGAUCCAGCGGUCGCUCGAGGAAGCGGCUGGGCGGUGUGCACGGCCGCCACGCCCCUCACAGCCCGCGGAUGAAGCGAGCGCUGCGCUGACGCACGCGUUGGAGGCAGUCACCACCCUGUCGCAACUUGUCACGCAGCAGCACCGCGACGACGGCGACGGCGCAUACAGGGCAGCACAAGCGCCUGCGAGUGGGCGGUUGGCGCUUGUGGCGAGAUGGAGCGUGGCAGAAGUUGUGUCGUGGGCUGAGGGUUGCCCUGGCCUGGCGCCGUUUGCGUGUGUGUUCAGCGAGAACGAGCUGUGCGGGCGUGACCUGCUUGAUCUCACGCACGGGGACUUGCAGUCGAUGGGGUUUACUCGGCUGCACGACAGAAAGAUUGUGUUCCGCGCAAUCCAGGCACUUCUCGACGAAGACAACGACGUGGACGUGGAUGCAUGAGGAGCAUUGUGCGGUAUGCUGUCAUGGAUAACGGCUGGGCGAGCUGAGGGGGAUGCGUACUGGACCAGGGGCGACUGCUGUCUGUUGUGACACUGUGCCGUUGCGAUGCGUGUGUGUGUGUGUGUGUGUGUGUGUGUGUGUGUGUGUGUGUGUGUGUGUGUGUGUGUGUGUGUGUGUGUUUGGGGUUGUGCCUUGUACUGUGUGUCGUGUUCAUAUGUGGUUGCAUGUUCCUUGGCUGCAUGUUCGUUUUCUGCUCCUCGCGCCUCUCUCGGCUUUCUCUCGGGUCCCUCUCCUCCAUGCUACAUCUUGUUUCGUCGUGUGAUGGUGACGGUGCUGUUCGUGGGAAUGUCGGCUGUUUUCCCUCGCCGCCAGCCUCACUCCCCGUGCACCGGCGCAACUUCACCCAUAAUCGACUGCCGCGCUCAUUUUGUGCCGGCUGCUUCAUCCUUCAUCCAUCAUCCCCUUGCACGUGUUCUCGCUCGCUUUGUGUGUGCCAUGUUAACCACUAGUAGACCAUCAUCAUCAUCAUCAUCAUCAUCAUCAUCAUCAU